AUGCCUUCACUCUAUCGCGCAAUCUUCACUGCGAUUCAGGUCUUUGCUCUGGUAGCCUUUCUGGGUGUCUCGCUUAUGCCAAGAGCCAGUCUUGCAUCCCCUUUGCCCGUUCCCAUGCCCUUCAGAAGAGUCUUCGCCGAUACUGUUCAGACGUCAGGCGUUGCUCUGCGGUCUCAGGAAGCUAGGUCUCACUCUGUUGGCAACUCUACAGUUUCUGGACUUUCUUGGCACAGCGCUAUUAAUCAUGGUCCUAGAGAUGAUGUUCCUCUCGUGCACGAACGCGAUGUCGGCACCAGCAUUCUGGACAAUAUGAACUUGUUGUCCUCUUCCUAUACCCAGCUUAAUCAGAAUGCGCAGGUCAUCAACAACCUCGCGUCGUCUGAUCGAACUGCUCCUGGUUAUAGCCAGCAAUACGCUACUGCAUUGUCGGGUUUCCAAGCCAACCUCCUUAACGUUCAGAACGUUCUCGCCGCACUUGCUACCGACAAGGGAUUGGCCGACUACGACCGGCAGGUCGAGCUAGAGACAUUAAUAAAAGAUAUCGUCAAUUCUGUCAAGUAUACUCUGAACGAUACGGUGGAUGUUGUCGAUAGCAUUCCUGGCAUUGGUCCCUUACUCGCGCCGAUUAUUUACGACAUCAAAUGCAUCAUUGACGACACUUUGGAUAUCGUCGAAAACCUCACGGAUGCCCUUAUCAAUGACUUACUCCCUCUUUUGCAAGCACUUGGUAUACAAGCUACUCAAACCGCUUGCACCGCUGGGAUUCAGAUUGCUGGUCUAUGUUUACUGUGA